CGCAUUACCAUUCCGAGCACGGUACCUCUGGUCAGGAAUGGAGCCGGGUCGCUGACUGCUCUAGAGGAGGGGGGGUAUGCGAUGGCAGCAAGCUUUCAGUCAAUCGGGAUUAACUCGCACUGAGCUCUCCGGAGGAAAAAAAAAAAACAGUGAAAGCGAUCCGAACAUCUGGACGCGUAUGAGAGGCGUUUCUCCUGAGAGGAGGCGCACCAGCCGAGCAGCAGCAUCGCCGGGACCCUUCGCACUCUUCCCCCCCUUCUCUCGCUCGACAGGAAAUCUGUGUCUCAUUUCUGGAUCGCCGCGGCUUCGUCCUUUAUCUGAUGGAUUUCUUGAAGGACAUCGGCGGCAUCGCAGGCCGACACACGAUCUAGUUUUUUUUUUUUUUUUUUCCAGUCGGGACACCUGAAUUAUCAAGUCGGUCCCGUUUGUGCUCCCGGGAGGAGAUGAGAGCAAUCGGCUUCGACUGGAGGCUUCAUCUGCAAGGUAUAUUAACCUGACUGAAAAGCCAAAUGGAGUCUCUGCUGAUCUAUCUGAUCAUCCUCAGUGUGGCUGUCAAGUCCCACAAAGUCCAGAUCUGUCCCAAGCGCUGUGUUUGCCAAGUGCUCAACCCAAAUCUGGCAACGCUGUGCGGCAAGAAGGGCCUGUUGUUUGUGCCUCCCAACAUCGACAGGCACACUGUAGAAAUGCGUCUGGGAGAUAACUUUGUAACCAGCAUAAAGCGUAAGGACUUCGCGAACAUGACCAAACUGGUGGAUCUGACGCUGUCCCGGAACACCAUCGGCUCCAUUGCCCCUCAUGCCUUCAAAGACCUGGAGAAUCUACGAGCGCUUCACCUUGACAACAAUCGUCUCACUCGCAUCACCAACGACACCUUCAGUGGCAUGUCAAAACUGCACCACCUCAUCCUUAACAACAACCAGCUCACCCAUAUCCAUAUCGGCGCCUUCAAUGAUCUGACAGCUUUGGAAGAGCUGGAUUUGUCCUACAACAACUUGGAAGGGGCUCCUUGGGUAGCCAUUCAGAGGAUGUCCAGCCUGCACACCCUCAAUCUGGACCACAACAUGAUCAGCUACAUCCCUGAAGGCACGUUUUCUGGCCUGCAGAAGCUGAAAAGGUUGGAUGUGACCUCCAACAAACUCCAGAAGCUUCCUCCAGAUCCAGUUUUCCAGAGAGCAGGAGUGUUGGCAACCUCUGGGAUCAUGGGACCUACGUCUUUUGCUCUGAGCUUCGGAGGAAACCCCUUAAGGUGCAACUGCGAGCUGCUGUGGCUGCGGAGAUUGCGAAGAGAGGAUGACCUGGAGACAUGUGCUUCACCGCAACACUUGGCUGGACGUUAUUUCUGGACCGUUUCAGAAGAGGAAUUCCUAUGUGAGCCUCCUCUCAUCACCAGGCACUCGCAGGAGAUGCAAGCCCUGGAGGGUCAGAGUGUGACUCUGCGCUGCAAGGCCAGAGGUGACCCAGAUCCCAUCAUCCACUGGAUUGCCCCCGAUGGUCGGCUCAUGUCCAACUCUUCCAGAGCCGCGGUGCACACGGAUGGAACCCUGGACAUCCUCAUUAGCACCGUCAAGGACUCAGGUUCCUUCACUUGUGUGGCCUCAAACCCAGCGGGCGAAGCUCAGGCCGGCGUGGAUCUGGUCAUCACGAAACUCCCUCAUAUCGCCAACAAUACAAUCGUGGAGCAGGAGCCCGACCCAGGAUCAUCAGAUAUUGCGACGGUCACCAAGACAGGGCCGGAGGCGGGAGGUGUGCCGUUGGGAAACGCCAAGACGAGCCAGGAAAAGAAAGUCGUGAUCUCAGAGGCUACAUCCACCUCAGCCAUGGUCAACUUUAACUUUCAGAGGAGCAUUCCAGGAAUACGCAUGUUCCAGAUCCAGUAUAAUGGAAGCUAUGACGAUUCACUGGUCUAUCGAAUGAUCCCGCCCACCAGCAAGAACAUCAUGGUCAACAACCUGGCUGCGGGGACGCAGUAUGACCUGUGUGUCCUGGCCAUAUACGACGACCAGGUGACGGCGCUGACAGCCACCAGAGUGAUCGGCUGUGUCCACUUCACCACGGAGCCACAGUACCUCAGAUGCCAUUUCAUGCAGUCGCAGUUUCUUGGCGGCACCAUUGUGGUUAUCAUCGGAGGCAUAAUUGUAGCCUCCGUGCUCGCCUUUAUCAUCUUCCUCAUUGUGCGCUACCGGGUGUGUAACCAAGGCGAUGUAGAUAAGGCUCUGGAAAUGGGGGAUAUGCGUUCCCUGAGCAGUGACGGACAGCUACAGGGAUGUGGGAUUCCAAAGUCGCUCUCCAAGCAGGUUCUGCGGCCAGAGAAGAAUGACAAAGAAUGUCUGCGAGUUGCCUUGCCGCCGCCAGAACCAGCCAAGCAGCGGCCGACGGUGGUGGUCGCCGCGACGAAGCCCACAGUUCCGGACUGCACUGUGUCUACCUCUGCAGCCAGCCACAGCUGGCACCCCGCCUCCCCAGGAGUUCUCAGACACAAACGCGCCGCUGCACCCGCAGAGGCGCACAGAGCCGAGGCGAGGGCAGAUGUGGAAUUUGACAACGUGAACCGGAAUAACUCCUCCGACAUUAAAGUGAGUGGCGCGGUUACACGGGGCCAACCCGCCAAAUGGACUGCAGCCCCCAGGGGUCCGCGGCACCACCAGGUGUCUCGACAGUACAUGACUGUGCCUACUGGGGGCGUAAGAGUGAACCGCAGACAUUCUCUCAACGCAGACUCCUACAUCGAGCGCUGCUACAUGUCGUAUCCAAAACCAGGAGCCAGCCUCCGCUCCAAGCGAAGCCUGUCAAUGAGCGGAGAGCUGCCACAGCUAGAAAGCACAACAAACAUUCGCCGGGCGAGGGACAAGCUCUCCAGGUCUGAGUGGCUUCUGGAGAGCACUUUAUGAUUUGGAGUUUACGACCUGCGCUCACUUGUUUUCCGGAAUUGGAUUUGUGGCCUGUUGCAGAGCAGGACGAGGAUUCGAUGCCUUGUGCUGAGGUUUUGCGUUUUCUCUGACGGGACCUGUAAGUAACCCUCAUUAUAUUCGGAGGACGGGCAGGCAUGGAACUUGGCGGGAGGUGUUGCACACUUGUUUUAUAACUUCUUUAAAGGGGAAACUUUGAAAGGCACAACUAGAUUAUAAAAACUAUACACUAUGUACAGAGAAUUGCUGGAGAUAUCGUAUAUCUCAGGACACCUGCAAGUAGUGUGGUGUGGAAUGCAGUAUCCUGAAUGGACUGUAUUAUAAGAAAAAGAAAAAAGAAAAAAAAUGAUGGCACAGAUGGUGACGUUGACCUAUUCUUAUUGCCUAUUUAAUGGUAUACAAUCUCAUCUCCAAAUGUACAGACAGCGACAUGUCUUAAUUCACUUGGAGAGGUUAUGAAUGUGCUUCACAUCUCAGAGGUGUUGGAACAGAAUGUAACAGACAGCACACGAUCGUCUCCAGACGACAUUUUAAGGCACAAAAAAAAAGGGGAAAAAAAUGCAGCAUUUUGUGGCACAACUUGACGCAGCCUAAUACUGCCCUCCGGUCUGAAUCAAUAGAAUUUUAUCACGUAAUUACAUGAAGACUGGACUCCGAUAGGAUUCCUGUCACCGCGGCAAUUGAACAAAAGCCAAGCGAGUGACAGGCGCGCGGGGUAAUCCAAUAUUACGCGUGGAUGAGAUUCCGGGGCGUUCAUUUCCGUCUUUUUUACUCGAUGACCUUAUCAUGACAACCAUUGUAAAUGAACUUGUUGAUGUAAGAGAGACGAUGAUCACACAUGUGGAAGAACGUCAGCUCUUGAUUUUGCUGUUGUUUCUGUUUGAUGUUUACAAGUAUCAAUAAACCAGUAACGAAAGGGACAACAUUAUUUUCACUUUAAUGUCUUUAUCAUCGAGUCAGACAGGUUUACAUAAACAAGCUCUCCAUAAAUGGCCGACUUGAUCUCCUGUUCUACUCAUCCUUACAAGGCAAAGCUGCUUUUCGUGAACAAGCACUAGUAAUCCGCAAGAGUAGUAACACCACAGUAAUUACAGUUCAAGUAGAUGCCAAAGGUAAAGGAUGAGGAUCACCACCUCAGUCUAAGGCUGUGGAUCCAGAGGAGAUCAUCAAUAGAAUGUACAAAACUCAUAUUCUAUGGACUCUUUAAGUAGAGCCACAGUUGUUUGGAACAUGGGCCAAUAAAAGUCGUCGCCCCAAAUAGGGCAAUGUGAGCCAAAUCAGAGUUUUUAAUAGGGUACAAGACAGUUAGGGGGCGAAGAAAGAGAAUGCCGUGGCUUCAAACAAGAGCUAAUUCUGAUUCCUACUCCAAAAUUGAGACCCAAUCUCUUCCUAUAGUUACAACUCCAGCCUGCCUCCGGUUAGUUCUGGGCUCAUAACAACAUCAGCCGCACACUCAGAGGACUGUAGAAUAUCAUUUUAAAUACAGAAAGAAGGCUGUUGUGAGCACUGUAAUGAAUUUAGAAUUUCAGUAGCCAUGCGGCAACGUAAUCCUCCCUCCCUUUGAGCGGUGGACCUCUGCCAGAUCUCUGCCCUGAGCCCCUGUGUUUGUUCAAAGAGAGGAUGGGAGCGGAUGAUGAAAAGAAGCCAUGAUAGUCACCAGGGAUGCCUUUGGUUUGCACAUCUUAGCGCCUGGCUGACAGCAUUGCAGCUGGGCCCCCUCCCUCCCCUCCCUCCGCUGCAGGAACCUGCAGAGGUUAAAUACAAUCGCCGGGGCAGGGAUCAGUGCUCGACUAAAUCUAACGUUACA